AUGAGUCAAGUCUGUGAUGGAAAAUUUCCAAGUUUAACCAGAAAUACUGGUCAUAAUACUCAGAUUAAUAUCAAUAAGAUGGGACUUUAUGGUGCUGUAAGUUAUAUUAUUGGAAACAUUCUGGGAGCUGGUUUAUUUAUCACUCCAACGGCAGUUCUUGAACAAGUUGACUCGGUAGGUUUAUCUUUAAUCAUAUGGACUGUAGCAGCAGUAAUAUCAGUACUCGGAGCAUUUUGUUAUGUUGAAUUGGGUACCAGUAUUCGUACAUCAGGAGCUGACUUUGCUUAUUUAUGUUAUGUGAAAUGGUAUCCGUUGGCAUUUGCUUUCAUGUGCAUCGGAUCUCUCGUGAUUUUUCCAUCAGCACUUGCUAUUCAAACUCAAACUUUUAGCGAAUAUUUAGUAAAAGGUUUCCAACUAAAAAUAGCUGACGUAAAAACUGAGUUUUAUAUCAAGAAGCUCAUUGGGUUUUCAUUAUUAUGGUCAAUAAUGGCAUUAAAUUUUUUUUCGCUUAAAAUAUUUGUUUCUCGGUUUCAAAUCAUUGCAUCAGUCGCAAAAAUCGCAGCAACAGCUAUUGUUAUUUGUACAGGAUUUUAUUUACUCAUUUGGAAAGGUGAAACUCGAAAUUUGGAGAACGCAUUUCAAGGUUCAAGAUUCGCAUCAAGUAAUUUGUUGGCAGCCUUGUUUGCUGGCUUGUUUUCAUAUGAUGGCUGGGAUGUCCUGAACUUUGGGGCCGAGGAAAUUCAGAAGCCAAAGAAGACUAUGCCUUUGGCAAUAAUCAUUGGAAUGUCCGUAGUAGCAUUUGUCUUCCUGGCAACCAAUGUGGCAUUUUUUGUCGCUCUCACCACUGAUCAGAUGAAAUCUUCCGUGGCUGUCGCUGACACAUUUGCGGCUGCAAAAUUAGGUAAAUUAUAUUAUACAAUGCCUUUUCUCAUAUGCGUUCUGCUGAUCGGUUCUAUCAACUCAACGUUAUUUUGUGCUAGCAGAUAUUUGUAUGCAGCUGCUCGACAGGGUCAUCUGCCAGCUUUUUUAAGUUGUACUAAUACAGUACAUGAUAGUCCACGCGUUGCAGUGUUUGUCAUGCUCUCUUUCAUGCUAUCAUUUGCUGGUAACUUGUCUGAACUGAUCAGUUACAUUUCGUUUUGCCAAUGGCUUCAACGUUUCAUCACCAUUUCUGCGUUGUUAUGGAUUCGCUUCACGCAUAAACCUAUCCACCCUGAUGCUUUCCGGAACCCGAUAAUUGUACCAAUCUUAUUCUCAAGUAUCUGCACUGCUUUGGUUAGUUUCUUCAAAUAA